AUGGUCGGGACCGGUGGCCCCGUGGCCACUUUCUCUGUGUGGGAUUAUGUGGUGUUUGCCGGAACCAUCUUGGGGGCAUCGGGCAUCGGCCUUUUCCAGGCCAUCCGGGGCCGCAAGGAGACGAGCAGCGCCGAGUUCCUGCUGGGCGGACGGCAAAUGACGGCCGUGCCGGUCGCCAUGUCGCUCACUGCCAGCUUCAUGUCUGGCAUCACGGUCAUCGGCACGCCGACCGAGGCUUACCGGUUCGGGGUUCCCUUCUGGCUCUUCGGCUUCUCUUACGCCAUCAUGUCGGUCGUCACCGCCGAGGUCUUUGUGCCGCUUUUCUACAGACUGGGGAUCACCAGCGCCUACGAGUACCUGGAGAUGCGCUUCAGCCGGCCCAUUCGGAUAAUCGGAACGUCAAUGUACAUCGCACAGACGGCCCUCUACACCGGGUUGGUCAUCUACGCUCCGGCUCUGGCACUCAAUCAAAUCACAGGACUUAAUCUGUGGGGCGUGCUGGUGGCCACGGGAGCCGUGUGCAUCGUCUACUGCGCUCUGGGCGGUCUGAAAGCAGUGAUCUGGACCGACGUGAUACAGAUGGUGAUCAUGCUGGCCGGUUUCGUGGCGGUCAUCGCCAGAGGAGCCGUACUGCAGGGAGGCCUCGCCAAGAUCUGGGAAGACGCCGGCCGAGGAGGCCGACUCGAGGCGUUCGACUUCGACCCGGACCCCCUGAAGCGUCACACCUUCUGGACCAUCGUGCUCGGCGGCAGCGUCAUGUGGGCGUCGAUCUACUCCAUCAACCAGUCGCAGGUGCAACGCUACAUCUCCUGCAAAAGCCUGGGACACGCCAAGAUGUCUUUGUACGUCAACAUGGUCGGCUUGUGGGUGACCGUGAGUCUGGCUAUGUUUACGGGCCUCACCAUGUUCUCCAUCUACAAGAACUGUGACCCGCUUACAAACGGCGAUAUCGGCACCUACGACCAGAUGCUGCCCUACCUUGUGAUGGAUAUUUUGGCGGACUACCCUGGCAUCCCCGGCUUGUUCGUGGCUGCGGCAUACAGUGGCACCCUUAGCACGGUGUCUUCCAGCAUCAACGCCCUGGUCGCCGUCACCGUGGAAGACUUCAUUCUUCCGGUGUGUAAAAACCUCUCGGAGAAGCAGGUGACCUGGAUGAACAUGGGCCUGAGUGUAUUCUUUGGUGCCCUGUGUAUUGGGAUGGCUGGAGUUGCCUCAGUAUUGGGAAACGUCUUGCAGGCAGCUCUGUCCAUAUUUGGCAUGAUCAGCGGGCCUCUGCUGGGCCUCUACCUAUUGGGCAUGCUAUUCCGCACAUCCAAUUCAAUCGGAGGACUGGUGGGACUGAUCCUGGGUCUGGUGUUGACUCUGUGGGUCGGGGUUGGAAGCCUGAUUUUCCCACCGACCGAUGAAAAGACAAAUCCUCUCCAAGUCAGCACUGUGGGCUGCAACAGCACACUGGGCCCGAACUUCACCACGGCCGCUCCGUGGACCAGUGCAGCGACCCCGCAGACCCACGUGAGGCCGCCUCUGGCAGACUCCUGGUACUCUCUGUCCUACCUCUACUUCGCCGUCGUGGGUACUCUGACCACGAUGGUGACCGGCCUGCUGGUGAGCACGAUCACAGGCGGAUGCAAGCAGGAGCACAGGAACCCGGAUCUGUUUGUGAAGAUGAACGACCUGAUCUGCUUCGGCUGCCGCGGUCAAUCUGAGGAAUCGGACGUCGCAGAAAAAGCCGCCACAGACUUUCAUUUGAAAGCUGGUGACUCGACAUUCAAAGACUUUGACCCGAUGGUUAAAGAUGUUGAAGAAGCCACCAAACUGUGACGCACGCCUCGUUUCCCGUGGCGGAGACAGCUUAAGCAACCACACGGAGGAGGACAGGUCCCAGAGGCUCUGCUGCUGCGGCCUUCUGGUGCAUCGGAUUUUGGAAUAUGCCUAUUUAUGUUAUCAGGAUGUGUUUUAAACAUGCCGCCGCAUGCAAAAUAGAAAAUCUAUUUAGAUUUUAAAUCAAACAAAGAGCAUAACAAGCGAUAACGCUGGGCGCAGCAAACAAAAGAACAUUAAUAGAAUAUUUUUCAAAUUCAAAAGCGUAUUUAUUUUGGUCCCUAACUGAGGGGGGAAAAAACAGAAAUAUAUGGAAGAAUUUAGUGGAAUAUUUACAUAAAUAAAUGAAACCCAAGAUGUUUCAGCUAUUAUGGGUUUCACCAGCACAUUAGUAAAAAACAGCUUUUCAAAUAGCCUCUAAUGCCCCACUAUCACUAAGCCACUCCCCUUUGCUGCUUUGCAUCAAUGUGGCAACGGUAAUUGCCCCUUUGUUCUCCGGUUGUCCCCGACGACGGUCGCUGGUCGUAUUUUCUGAACAUUGUCCUCCAGUACUUUACGACAGUCGGAUAUUUGACAAUACGUGUGAUAGCGUUACUGUGUCGAAGGAACAACAGCAAUUUGUUUCAUGGGUAGUUUUAUAGUUUUAUAUCUGGAAAUUGUGCACUUUUUAUAAACAACCUGCAUUAAUGACGCCACACAUACUUAAUAAUAAACAUUAUGUACAAUGUUCAA